AUGCAACAUUGGUGCUUUGCUAAAUCGAGCAAAGGCAGCAAAGGGAGUAAAAUAACAUAUGGAAAACUUGCAAAGCGUGAAAAGGAAAUGAUCUUAAUAAAAAGGAAGCUGUUGCGAGAAAAUGACAAUAAGUCAAAAGACAAAACCUGCGAAUAUGAAAAUCAGCACUGCUUUAAAAAAAUACAAGGAGCUAGAACAAAAACUUGA